AUCCCUGUCAUCGGGUGGUGUAGGAGCGUAGCCGGAUGAUCAAGUCUUCCAUCUUGAACCACGGAUUUGUCUAGAAAUAAACCUCUCUUCCUUUACGAAGAGCGAUUUUACAAAUCCACAAAAUGCUAGCGACGAGGCUAGCCCUGAGUCGAGCUGUCAAGCCAAGAUUUGUUCGACCGGCAGUUUCUUCGUGGAUUUCUGUACGAAAUCGCGAGGCUGGGGAAGCGAGUUCAAACCGUCCCUACUACACGUAUUCCUCGGAGCCAUUCCAUCCGCUGCCAGGUCGAACUCCGGCAUGGAAAUCACCCGAAGAAGCCGUGCAAGUUAUAAAAUCAGGCAUGAAGGUGUUUGUACACAGUGCCGCCGCCACACCCAUCCCUCUAGUGGAAGCCAUGGCCAAGUGGGGCAAGAAGGCCAACCUGCAAAAUGUUGAGGUCAUCCAUAUUCAUAUAGAAGGGAAUGCAGAGCAUACCAAGGAGGAAUAUGAAGGGAUCUUUCGUGACAACUCUUUUUUUAUUGGGGCCAACUGUAGGAAAGCUAUCAAUGACGGCAGAGCUGACUGUACUCCAAUCUUUCUUAGUGAGAUUCCUCUUGUUUUCCAUCGUAAUCUGAUUGAACUAGAUGUUGCCCUGAUUCAAGUCAGUCCCCCUGACAAGCAUGGCUUCUGUACUUUGGGCCCUAGUGUUGAUGUCACAAGGGCAGCUUUACAAAAUGCAAAAUAUAUUAUUGGGCUUGUGAACCCCCAGUGCCCUCGAACACAAGGUCCCGGAGGCAUUCAUCAGUCACAUCUAGAUGUUCUCUGUGUCGCUGACUUCCCUCUGCCUGAACACAAGACUGGAGUGCCCAGUGAACAAGACAGGAAGAUUGGGAAGUACAUCGCAGAGAAUUUGGUGGCUGAUGGUGCCACCUUGCAGAUGGGAAUUGGAAGUAUUCCAGACUGUUGCCUAGCUGAGCUAAUGGACCACAAGGACCUUGGUAUCCAUUCAGAGAUGUUCAGUGAUGGUGUUGUUGACCUGGUAGAGCGUGGAGCUGUUACAAAUGCCAAGAAGAAGAUCUUGCCAGGAAGGAUUGUUGGUAGCUUUGUGAUCGGCACCAAAAAAGUGUUUGAGUUUAUUGAUAACAACCCCUUUGUAGUUAUGCUUGAUGUCGGCUUUGUAAAUCUAGUCGCCAUCUCAAGUCAAAACCCCAAGAUGACGGCCAUUAACUCCUGCAUAGAGGUCGACUUGACCGGACAAGUUGUGUCUGACUCCAUUGGCACUCGCAUGUACUCAGGUGUGGGGGGUCAAGUAGACUUCUUACGAGGUGCAGCCCUGGGCUAUGAUGGCCUGGGGAAACCCAUUCUUGCGCUGAACUCAACUACAAGCAAAGGCGAAUCAAAAAUCGUACCAUUCAUCAAACAAGGCGCUGGCGUGGUGACGACACGUGCGCAUGUGCACUACGUUGUGACUGAGUAUGGUAUCGCGCAACUCUUCGGUAAAAACCUGCGCCAGCGAGCCUACGAACUGAUCCGUAUCUCGCAUCCGAAACACCGCGAGGAGCUCGAAAAAGCCUCCUUUGACCGACUGAAAUGCAUGCCGUCACCCGACUAGGCGGCGGAUCUCACCCGACUAAGCGACAGACCUCUCCCGACUAGGCGACCGACGGACUUUUUAAUGGCAGACCAUUGCAUUCGCUACCACCAUCUACACGGAGGUCCAAUAGGAAAACAUUAAAACGUAAUUUAUUGAGCUAAAAGAUCUUGUAAUAGAAUAUAUUUUGAUAUGGUAAUAGGUUUUAAGGUAAAUUUUGCUAUUUGUUGUAAUAUAGACCUGUCUUAGCGCCGCUGUCCUAUGUUUGAAUAAUUCUAGUUUAUAUUAUAUUAUACUAUCGCACGUA